GAAAGGCAAAACACCCAGCCAGUGAGGGAGUGCGGGAAGCCGGACAGAUCUAUUGGGCUGCAUCGAAGCAACGGCCCAUUACGCAAGGAAAGAUAUGGCUCAGAGCGUUGGUCGAUCAGGUGCAGACUCGUUUUCGGCUGUGCACCGGCAUGGGGGUGUAAACCAGCUAGGUGGGGUGUUUGUGAAUGGCAGGCCCCUACCUGAUGUAGUGAGGCAAAGGAUUGUAGAGCUCGCACACCAGGGAGUUAGACCCUGUGACAUCUCGAGACAACUAAGGGUCAGUCACGGCUGCGUCAGCAAAAUACUUGGGAGAUACUACGAGACCGGGAGUAUUAAGCCAGGAGUUAUUGGGGGAUCCAAACCAAAGGUCGCGACUCCAAAAGUGGUGGAUAAAAUCGCUGAAUACAAGCGACAGAAUCCCACCAUGUUUGCGUGGGAGAUCAGAGACAGGCUGUUAACGGAAGGCGUCUGCGACAAUGACACUGUCCCGAGUGUUUCAUCCAUUAACAGGAUUAUUAGAACCAAAGUCCAGCAGCCUUUUCUCCCUUCUGCUGAUGGAACAGGAAGUCCACUGUCCAUACCUGGCCACACUACAGUGCUAAACUCCGCCUCGCCCCCAGCAUCCACUGCUUCGCCUGAUCCUGUGGGGUCUUACUCCAUCAACGGUAUUCUGGGUAUUCCUCGGUCCAUUGGAGAAAAGAGGAAAGGGAAUGAUGAUGGCUCAGGUGGUUCCGGCCCACACAGUGGCUCUCGGGGUAGUGUGGAGAGCUUACGGAAGCACCUGAGAGCUGACGCCUUCACACAGCAGCAGCUGGAUGCUCUGGACCGGGUCUUUCAACGGCCGUCUUUCACAGACGUCUUCCCGAUGGCCGAGCGCGUCAAGCCAGAGCAGGGUAAUGAAUUCUCCUUACCAGCGCUGACUCCAGGCUUGCAUGAGGUGAAGCCCAAUUUGUCCCCCAGCCACAGCUCAGACCUGGUCCCCAGCGUGACACAGAGCUUUCCUGGGGGGACAGGUCGCGACGUGGGCACCACGCUCCCAGGGUACCCCCCACACGUCCCCCCCACAGGGCAGGGCUACUCCACCCCAGCACUAGCCGGAAUGGUUCCUGGGAGCGAGUUUUCAGGGAGCCCGUACUCUCACCCACCGUAUGCGACCUACAACGAAGCCUGGAGAUUCAGCAACCCAGCUCUACUGAGUUCCCCUUAUUAUUAUAGCUCCUCAUCAAGGGGAUCCCCACCAACCACUGCUGCUGCCGUCUACGACCGCCGCUAGUUACUUUGGAAACCGAAUCAAACCACAGGACAAUCUCAGCAGACUCCAUAUUGUUGCAGUGUAAAUGGCACUAAGAUCAAAAGGAUGGAAGAUGGCUCAAAAAUAUUCUAUUUCACAGAGUAUGGACUGGACUGCCGGACACAACUACUCCAACUCCAGAAACAACAAAAACUAUUCAGCCCUCCUGACUUAGUGUCAUGUCUUAACUUCAACUUUCAAGAUUGAGAUUAUAUGAAUAUAUGUAUAAAAAACAUAUCCUCACAGCCUCACCUUUUGACCUGAUGUUUAUCUUCUUCAUGAAUCAUUACCGCUACAUUACAGUACAGUGUUGUACAUUACAAUACAUUACAUUACAGUAUAUUAAAAUGUUCCAUUGCAAGGCAGUACAGGACAUUACAGUACAGCUAACAUUGCACUACAAUACAGUAAACUGUUACAUUACAUGCAGUUCAGUACAUUACAGUCAAAUGUACAUUGCAUUACUUUGCACUACUUUACAGUAAAUUGCAUUGCAGUACAGUAAACUGCUAUAUUACAUUAUAGUAUGCUACAUUACAUUACACAGCUUUAUGGUACAUUACGUACACACUGAGAGCCCAUUUCUCCUGAAAGCUGCCUUAUAUACCAUGAUCAGGUGUAGGACUGAAUUCAGAAGGAAGCCCAAGUCCUCCCAUUGACAUGGUUUUCACUGCUACAUUUAUAAUUAAAUUAAUUAGCCUUGUCAUGGCUGCUGUCACUGCAAUUUUCAAAAAAUUAUUACAGAUGUGCCCAAGGUUGGUAUGGAUGGUAUUUGGAUGAGGUUUGGAGACAAGGUCCAAAGUAGCCCCCAAUGCACUACGGCUCAAGCUUGAUACUUGGCCCAUGACUUUGCUUGCAGCUAUAUUUAUGUAUUUUAUUAUUAUUAUUAUUAUUAUUAUUAUUAUUAUCUGUGUUUGUAUUUACACUCUUUCUGUCGGCUGGACAUUGCAUGAGUACAAACUUACAGUGUACAGUACAGUCUAACACUUUUUUUUUUUUAGAGGCUUUUGAUCUGAAUACCUUAAUGUCGCUGCUGUUAAAGGCUGAAAUAUCUUACUCCUGCAUUAGUUGCAUCACACAGUAAUUUGGAUCUCCCGCAUAAAAAUAUAUGAAUAUAGAAGAGUACAGGUCUCAUCUGAUAAAGCAGAUCAUUGUAAUUACAGAUUAAGUUUAUUACAAAAAAAAAGAUAAUACAAGUGUCUCCAAUUGAAA